GGGGCCGGAAGCCGAGGGGCGACGCGGACCUCUGUGGACGGGUGGCGGUUGUCGGGGCCGUCGAGGCGGCGGCGACUCUGCGCCCCUGGCUCCGGAUGGAGACGGGGCCGCAUCCCCGGCCGGGGCACUGCUGCAAGCCUGGCGGGCGUCUGGACAUGAGCCACGGCUUCGUGCACCAUAUCCGACGGAACCAGAUCGCCCGGGACGACUACGACAAGAAGGUGAAGCAGGCGGCCAAGGAGAAGGUGAGGAGGCGGCACACGCCCGCGCCGACGAGGCCCCGCAAGCCAGACCUGCAGGUGUACCUGCCGCGACACCGAGAUGUCUCUGCCCACCCACGCAACCCAGACUAUGAAGAAUCCAGUGAAAGCAGCAGUAGUGGAGGCUCCGAGCUGGAGCCUUCUGGCCAUCAGCUCUUCUGCUUAGAGUACGAGGCAGACAGUGGAGAGGUCACAUCAGUUAUCGUGUAUCAGGGCGAUGACCCAGGAAGGGUGAGUGAGGAGGUGUCAUCACGCACGCCUCUGGAUCCACCCAUGCGAGAAGCCCUCAAGUUGCGUAUCCAGGAGGAGAUUGCAAAGCGCCAGAGCCGACACUGACCAUGUUGAAGACGUUCUCUCCAGGCUGGAUUCACUGCACUCGGAAGAAUUCUGCCCAGGGAGCUCAUACUUAGUUUGGGGGUAUCAGGACCAGUUUGUCUGAUCUUGAGACCCCCAGAGGUGCUGCAUCCAUAGGGUGUUGCAGGACUAAACCUCGCCUGCCUUGCAGUCAUUCAUUCUUAUAUGCUGACCCAUUUGCCCAGCCUGAUAUUCUGGAAUUUUUUUUUUUUGAGAAUUUUGUGUGGCUAAUGUGGUGUUCUAGAAGCAGAGACUCCAGGGAGAACCAGGAUUUAUGAAGCCUCAUGCCAACAUGGUGCUUUCUCAGCAAGGUCAUAUGCCUGGCUGCUGCCGUUCCACUCAGAUGCAUGAGCCAUGUUUGUUAUUUUAUGGUUCUGUGCUUUUGCUCAUUUCUACCCAUGUAUUCAUAGACCUUUUUAUCAGCCCUUUUUCUUUGUUCCUUUCCCUCAUCUUUCUGCCUCAGGUAGAAUCCAUCCAUUCUCCUCCCCCUUCAACAUGACUGUGUACCUCCAGCUGCUCAGGACUUUGGAGGUGGGGGCGUUCUGGGGAUCUACCCUUCUAACAAACUCGCCAAGUAAUUCUGAUACCAAUAAAGUGGGAGACCUCCAUUUUUGAGGCCUAUUUGCAAGCAUGUCUCCCUCCCUUUCCAUGGCUUUUUCAUUUCUCGCAUGUUCCGCUGCUUUGUGCUAUCUAGAUAGGAGACCUAGGAAGAUGUUGGUGCUAAACUGUAAAGAUUUCUUACAGCAAAACCUGCCUUGGCCAGGGCUACAGAAUUCCAACUUUCAACUUCAUUCCUAGCUGUGAACAGACUGUCCUCUGCUCAGACUAAAAGGGAAUUAUCAAAACAAGUGGGAGCUUACUCUCAAGUUGUGACUUCCAGUUUUGAACAUACCUACAAAGGGAAAGUCAGUAUUAGCAAUAAUUGCCUGGUUGACAACAUGCCAGAGGGAAUGAAAUGAGGCCUUCUUUCCUACCUCCAGGAGUAUAUAACUCAGAUCCUUAGUGUAAAGAUCCCCAGGAAUACCAAUGCUCUCACGCGGUGAACAUUUUUUUAAUGCAGGGUUAGGCUUAGGUCUGAAUUCCACAAGACAUUCUCCCCCUCCUCCUCUUCGGAAGUUCCAAGGCACUUGUUUUGCAGCAUAUCAGCCUAACCUCAGUGCCUUGAAAUGGGGCUUUAAGUCUUUUGAGAACUGAGAUUUCCUGAAACCAUAGCCCCUGCCCCAGGGGUUUCUCCACAUCAGGAUGUCAAGACACUUGAUGACCCUGUUGGUUUGUCCUCUGUGCCCCAGAAAAUCUAUCCUGCAAGACAGCUACUUCAGUUACGUCAUUGAAAUGUUGCAAGCCACAGCUCGCAAUGCCAAAAGAAUGCCGGGAGAAUAGUAAGUGAGGUGGAGAAGUGGUUGUGAAAGCGGCCACGGACCAGACCCACAAAGCUGGUCCAAGGUUAAGUGCCUUAAAUUUGCCAAUCCUGUGCUCAGCUCCCCUUUGAAAGGAGAAAGUCUUUGUCCUCUACUUAGGCAGCUGGGCUAGAAGUGCCUUUGGACUUCUAACGUUGACUACCCUCCAAAGCCUCCUAGAUCAAGGAGGCUCUGCCAAACUCCACCCCCUGUACUUCCUUGUCAGAGAACCAGUCAGUCAUUUUAGUCUUCCAGCUCUUGAACUGAUCUUAUGACUUGAACUGAUCUUAGACCCCAUUCUUUUUAAGUAAAGGAAGAGGUAGGGAGGCUGAGCUGGGUGGAUCAUGAGGUCAGGUGAUCAAGACCAUCCUGCAUCCUGUCUGACAAGGUGAAACCCUGUCUCUACUAAAAAUACAAAAAAUUAGCCGGGCAUGGUGGGACACACCUAUAGUCCCAGCUACUCAGGAGGCUGAGGCAGGAGAGUCCCUUGAACCCAGGAGCCAGAGGUUACAGUGAGCUGAGGUCAUGCCACUGCACUCCAGCCUGGGCAACAGAGAGAGACUCUCUCAAAAAAAAAAAAAAAAGGAAGAGGUAAAAGGAAGGCAACAUUUAAUAAGUACCUAUUGUAUCCUUUUAUGUGUUUGUUGUCAUAAUCCUCACAGAGACCCUCUCAGGUACGGGACUGAUGGAAACUCCUUGCUAUUAAACUUUUUUCUUGAGGAACUUUGCUUAUCAAGUGCAUAUACACUUAAUAUUUUCCACUCAAGAGAGCAUUCUAAGCUAAUUUGUUCAGUGUGACUAUAUUAAGCACUAAGCUUCCUUAGAGCUGGCCUAUCAGAGAUGCUACUGCCCUUUCUCCAGGUGUGUCUGAAAUGCCUGCCAAAGGAUGGCCCUUAGCCAGUUAACAGCCUUAUAGCCUAUCCUCAUUGCUUACUGCCACCUGUCAGCUGGGGGUGCAAGGCAGUACUAUCCAGCUUAUUCACCAGACCUGCCUGCAGACAUCUACUUCUUUCAAAAAUUAGUGUUUCCCAUCAAGGAGCACGUUCUGGAGCAUUUCCCACAGAUGUCCCAAAGAACACUGUCCAGGGCUGUGUUGUACAGUGGUAACAGCAUUAGACUAAGUGGAACUUCCCAGCAGGCUGCUUUAGAAUCCACUCAUUUGACUAGAUACGAUGUAAUUGGCUGUCUUUGAAAAAAAAAAUCUGAUAGGCAUAUCAUGCCCAUUCAAUAUGGAAUGUUCUCCAAAUUUUUAAGCCUAUAUUUUAAGGUUUUGUGGUUCCUGGGCCACAAUGGGUGAUGUUACUGAUAGAAGGAAGCUGGAUUUGCAAGGUCUUUGGGCUGUGCAAGAGUAAACACUAAAGCUUGAGUUGUAUCCAGCUGGCAAGCAUGGAAGUCUUUGAAGAAUGUAAUAUAAGAAGGGAAAAGAAUGUAAAGCUUUUUGUACCAAAUGAGAGUAGGAGCCUCUGGAGCCCAGCCAGCCAGUAGGCCCAAUGUGGGCAAUAACAAAUGCUUUUCCCUGUGUAAAAGUCUCUCUGGAAGGGAAAUUCCAUCUCCAUGGUGCACUCUGAGGGGCACUGUCAACUAGAGAUUGGCCCCAGGUAGGUGGGAGGAAGCCCUUUGGGUUGGUGAGUAUCCAGCCUGCUGUGCAUUUGACAGAAUCUCUAAAUGGCUAGGUAAUGGAUCCCCAGCAGGAUCACAAAUUUAAAUGAGGCCUCUGUGUACAGAAAGAGGAAUAAGUACAGAUGACUUUCCUACCACUAGAUUUUUGGGGAGAGUCACCAUGGAAUGUUGACAAUUACUUAAAAUAUUUUAAGCUCCCUUGCUGAAUUCCUUUCCUGUCCCUGAAGAAUAAGAUGGUCAUAAAGCCAUAGGCACCCACGCGAAAUCUCCCUAGGAGUUGGACUAAUGUUAGAAUCGAAGACCUGAGUAAAGGGCUUCUCUGCCUUCUCAGAGCCAGGAGAAUGAGAGACUGGUUGCACUGGUUGUGUUAAAUGUAUAAAAAGCUAUAUGUUCAUCAGUUUACUCAUUUCCAAUGUUUCUGCUAUGUAGAUGAAUAAAAUGUAGUGUGCAAAUUAUUUGAAAAUCCCAGAAGGAAGGUACUUUUCAAAUACAGUAUUCUUUUUUUUAACAAAUAAACUUACUUUUUUU